AUGGCAAGAACUAAACAGACAGCAAGAAAAUCUACGGGAGGUAAAGCACCUCGUAAACAAUUGGCUUCUAAGGGUGCAAGGAAGUCGGCCCCUGUUACUGGAGGAGUAAAAAAGCCUCGCCGUUAUAGACCAGGGACUGUCGCACUGAGAGAAAUUCGUCGCUUUCAGCGUUCGACUGAAUUGCUAAUUAGAAAGCUUCCAUUUCAGAGAUUGGUGCGAGAAAUUGCACAGGAUUUCAAAACUGACUUACGAUUUCAGUCUCAGGCUGUAAUGGCACUACAGGAAGCAGCUGAGGCAUAUUUAGUUGGACUUUUUGAAGAUACAAACUUAUGUGCCAUACACGCUCACCGUGUAACAAUUAUGCCAAAAGACAUUCAACUAGCAAGGAGAAUUAGGGGCGAAAGGUAG